GCCAUUCAGUCACCUGUUACUCGGGAGUCGUUUGAAUUUUCUUCUUCCGAUGUCACUUAGAGGAGGUUGCGCAUGCCACAUCUUUUGCGCGCUUUUGCCGUCCACUUUUUCUUUCUUCUCGAGGCGUCGUUGCAUUUCUUCAAUUUUCUCAGAGUUGUUGCCGCUGAAGCCUUCCCUUUUGUCGGAGAUUGAUCGAACUGUAGCGUAGGACGAAACCAUGGAGCAAGUUGGAGGUUCGAACGAAGCCACCCGUCAGGUGGAGCAAGGAGAGGUCCCUUCCACCCAAACGUUGGAGGAAAAGAUGGAUACUAUUCUGGCCAUGUUGGCAAUGCUGGGCAAUGAGGGCAGCAAGACGGACGAUACUUGUGCCGACUGUCAUGGCGGCUCCAUGAUUCCUCGCCAACCAUCACCACCACCAGCAUCUGGGGGCUACAUGGUCCCUCACCAACAAGCAACAGUGGGGCCCUUGGACCUUGGGCGGCUGCAGCUUCCAGCAGGGUUGCAGCAUUUUACCAUAGUUGCUGGUGGUGCAAAUAUCACCAAUGCUGCCCCGGCGGUGUCUGGGACUGGAUCGGGUACCAUGGCUGGCAGCGAGAUCUCGGCAUUGAUGAAAAAACUGGAAGAGAUUGGCAGCGAAAUCCAAGAGUUGGGCCGAAAUGUCAAGACUCGGGAGACUCGCGAGUAUGGUGAGCAUGAGAAGUAUUACAAAGAUCUCAUAGCUACUGUUUCCGGACUUGGCAGCGAAAUCCAGGACUUGGUCCAAAAGGUCGAUACUCGCUUCGAAGAAUUCAAGACUCGGGAGACUCGCGAGUAUGGCAAACAUUAGAAGUUUUUCAAAGACCUCAUGGCCGCGAUUGCAGGAAACAAAAACUAGACGGUCCUCGAACAUCCGGCAUCGGUUCACUCAUCCCAAGAAAGACAUUGACUGGCUCGGUUGCACUGCUCUUCCCAUCUUCCCAUCUUACGAUCUUCCCAUCACUACACCCACGGUGAGUCCAAACUUUCUUCACGUCACUCUCCACUUUGAAACAAGUCGAACAUGAAACCAGGGACACCAAAAAGGGAAAGAGAAUAGCUACUUAGUUAGUUGGUUAGAAAUAUUGCAAGAAAGCAGCAGGGAGAACCAAAUAACUGUCGUGUGUGUGCUACCGUAGUACCCUCCCUCUCUUCUAG